UCGGGUCGUUUCGUUGGCUUCACCCCAAAGGUUUACUUCACCGCAAUCGCCGGGGCGGUGUUGAAGCUGUCCUAACUAAUUACUUCUCCCAGGCUACUUUAUCACUUAGCUUGUAAUAAAUGGAUGCUAGGUCUACUUUGGAUUCAUAGAGUAGGGAGGAAAAGAUCCAGAGCCGACCAUGGCCCUGGAUCUUUACGCGAAGGGGGCGAGAGUCUGGAUUCGCCAUCCAGAUAUUGUGUGGGAAGAAGCAGAAAUCGUCGAACGCUCUGACGACAAGUUGGUCGUCAAGCCCGUCGAGGAAGAUGAAGGGGCUGAGGAGCAGACCAUUGUCAUCAAGACGAAAGAAGACUUUCCACCGCUGAAGAACCCUGAUAUUCUGAUUGGAGAGAAUGAUUUGACUUCACUCAGUUAUCUUCACGAACCGGCCGUGCUACAUAACCUGGACGUCCGUUUCGUUCAACAGAAUGCCAUCUACACGUACUGUGGAAUCGUGCUGGUUGCUAUCAAUCCCUACGCAAGACUUCCUAUUUAUGGAAGUGAUGUCAUUCAGGUGUACAAUGGACAAAAUAUUACAGGCGUGGACCCUCACAUCUAUGCUGUUGCUGAGCAGGCAUACCGGCAAAUGGCCAGAAAUUUCGCUGUGCCAAUCACGGACCAUCCGAGACACAUGAGAGACAAGCUUAACCAGUCCGUCAUCAUUAGCGGUGAGUCCGGUGCUGGUAAGACUGUGUCGGCCAAGUUUGCCAUGAGAUACUUUGCCACGGUCGGCGGAGCUGAGGGUGACACGCGCAUUGAGGACAAAGUGCUUGCCUCCAAUCCUGUCAUGGAAGCUCUUGGAAAUGCCAAGACAACCAGGAACGACAACAGUAGUCGUUUUGGAAAAUACAUUGAGCUGAGCUUCGACAAGAAGAACUGCAUCAUGGGCGCCAACAUGCGCACGUACCUGCUGGAGAAGACGCGUGUUGUCUUCCAGGCCGAGGAGGAGCGUAACUAUCACGUGUUCUAUCAGCUGUGCGCCAUGCGUGACGAUCCCGACAUGGAGGAACUGAAGCUGCUAUCAUGCGAAGAGUUCAUCUAUACAAGCGGAGGUGAAUGCCCAGUAGUCGACAGCAUCGACGACAAAGAAGAGUUCAAAGCCAUGCUGAACGCGUUCGGGAUUGUCGGCGUGAAGCCGGACGUGCAGCGUGUCAUUCUGCGCAUCCUUGCCGCCGUUCUGCACAUGGGUAACAUCCAGUACAAGGCGAAGUCUCGCAGCAGCGAGGACGCUGUCAUCCCGGCGGAUGAUCCUCAUUUCCCCAUGGUGGCGUCUUUGCUGGGCGUGGACAAGAACCAGCUGCAGAAGUGGCUGUGCAAUCGCAAGAUCCAAACCGGCCGCGAAGUCAUGGUCUCACCGCUCACAAUGACUGCGGCCGCACAAGCGCGAGAUGCCUUAGCUAAGCACACUUACUCGCAACUGUUCAGCUGGGUCGUGGCCGUCGUCAAUCGCGUCCUGUCCGCGAGCAAGCACUACACUUCCUUCAUCGGCGUCUUGGAUAUCUAUGGUUUCGAGAUCUUCAAGAAGAACUCAUUCGAGCAGUUCUGCAUCAACUUCGCGAACGAAAUGUUGCAGCAACAGUUCACGCAGCACGUCUUCAAGCUGGAACAGGAAGAGUACAUCUCCGAACAGAUCCAGUGGUCGAUGAUCGACUAUGCCGACAAUGCACCGUGCAUCGAGCUCAUCUCUCACCAGAAGUCUGGCAUUAUAGCCAUGUUGGACGAAGAGUGCAAGCUGCCGCGAGGUUCGGACGACAACUGGGGCGAGAAGCUUAUCAAGGCGCACACAGGGUGCCCGUUUUUCAAGAAGCCUAAGAUCGGACGAGAGACGUUCUUCGUGGUUCACUUUGCUGCUCCUGUCGAGUACACGACCAACGGGUUCAUGGACAAGAACAAGGACGCCAUGAACGAGGAGCAUUUGCAUUUGCUCAGAGCUAGUGAGUAUGCACUGGUAGCUGAGCUCUUUGAGGAGAAGAAGGAGGCCGCUGAGCCAGCCGCGCCGGCCACAAGGAGCAGAAAGGCCAGCUCAGCUUCAUCCGCGAUAUCCAGAAGCAAGUCCGUUCGAGGUGGUCCCGGGGGUGGCGGCGGGGGCAAGAGUCGCAGUGUUGGUGCGCAGUUCCGUGAAUCACUGACAGCGCUCAUGGAGACCCUCAACAGCACGACGCCGAAUUACAUUCGUUGCAUCAAGCCUAAUGAUUUGAAGGCCGCUUUCGAAUUUGAACCGAAUCGCGCUGUUGAGCAGCUCCGCGCCUGUGGUGUGCUGGAAACCAUUCGCAUCAGCUCUGCCGGCUACCCUUCAAGGUGGACAUAUCGUGACUUUUUGAUGCGCUACAGUACAUUGUGCGAGAAGAAGAAGCUCAAGCCAAGUGACGCACGGGCCAGCACUGAGAUUGUUGUCAAAAUGUUGAUUCAGGAUGAAGACAAGUAUCAGUUUGGCAAGAACAAGGUCUUCUUCAGAGCAGGACAGGUGGCCUAUUUGGAGCGUCUCCGUGGAGACAAGCUAAACAAGGCCGGCGUAGUCAUCCAGAAGACGGUGCGCGCGUUCAUUCAUCGCCGCAAGUACGUGCGCAUUCGCAGAAUGGCUCUGUACGUGCAGGCACGCCUGCGUGGACGCUUGGCAAGACAACAAUGCCACCACAUGCGCCAGACCCGUGCGGCAACGCAGAUCCAGACAUGCGUCCGUGCGUUUGUGGCGCGCAAGAAGUACGCGCGCUCCCGUCGCGCCAUCCAGGUCAUCCAGCGCUACACACGCGGCAUGUUUGGACGGCGCGCGUUCCGCGCUCGCCUUCGCGAGACCAAGGCCACCGUGCUGCAGGCCAACAUCCGCUGCUGGCUGCAGCGCAUCAAGUACAAGCGCACGAUGCGCGGCAUCGUUCUGCUGCAGUCCUGCUGGAGACGUUUCAAAGCCAAGCAGGAGCUUAAGAAGCUUAAGGUGGAGGCUCGCUCUGUUGGCAAGCUGAAGGAGAUAACCAAGGGUAUGGAAGUGAAGAUUAUCCAACUGCAGCAAAAGGUCGACGACCAGUCUCGUGAGGCCAAGAACAUGGAGAAGCAGAACACACAGCUCAACAAUGAACUCAACAAGCUACGCGAGUCCACAUCACAGCAAGCCUCCAGCAACCAAGCUUCAUCAGCUAUCAUUCACCAGCACGAGGAGGAGCUGACGAAGUUGCGCGGGCAGCUGCAGUUAGCCGAGACAGAGCUGUCUAACGCCAAGGCCAGCAAUGAACGUCUGGUCACAGAGCAUCAAGAAGAGAAGAACUCGCUAACGGCCGAGAUCAGCCAGCUCAAGGUGCAGGUGACCGAGCUACACGACCAGCCGCCUGCUGUCGUUACCACUCAGGCGGUCGGCAAGCACCCGCUGUCGCGCGAGAGUUCGUCCACCGCGCUCAUGGCCGGCAACCGGAGGGAGAGCCUGGGCACCGGGGCUGCCAUGCAAGCGGCGGCGGCCGAGCUGCAGGUCAACAACACCGAACUGCAGCAGUCAGUCGAUCAGAUGAAGGCGCAGCUUGACGAAGAGCGUCGCCACCACCAGCACCAUCUGAAGGAGCAUAACCGCCUGCAACAGCGCUUUGAGAAUCUGCAAGAGGAGCUGGUGUAUGCGCAGGCGAACCAGAUGAUCUCGCGCUCUGAAUCUACCACUUCCAUUCACGAGGGUGCGGGGUACCCGCGCUCGCCCUAUCCCAGCACCCUUUCCACCAGCGACGAUCGCCGCACAAGCAGCGACCCAGCACCUGUGUCUCCCAGCAGCGAUCAGUCUAGCAACAAGUCUCACCCGGAUCUGGUGAGGUCUUUGAGCCAAGAUGCUGAGGUCAUGAUCCGCCUGAAGUCGCGCAUCUCCGAGCUAGAGACUGAGCGCACUAACCUGGUGCGACGGGUUGCGGAGCUGACGGAAACGCUGUCCAACGUCCUCGCCGAGGGAAACGACGAAGCUGCCGCCAAGGAGGCGAGCGAAGCCGCUCGCAAGAACCUUGCCGAAGCCAUGAACGCUGAUGCAGAGAACGUAAGGCGUCUUGAAUCACGUGUGUCACAGCUGGAGGGUGAGCGUAACCAGCUGAGCUGCAAGGUCACCGAAAUGCAGGCCUCCAUGAACGAGCUGCGUCAGGAAAGAGAUACCCCAGGCACGCCAGUGAAGGCGCGCAACAGCAUUUCGAGCCAGGCGUCAAUCUCGUCCGUCAUGUCUGAGACGUCCAAGCGUCGACAGAGCAACAAACGCAGUCAGACCAUGUCCCUAUGCGGCGGCCAGGCUAACGUGCGCGGUGGUGCCAAUGCAAGUGAACUCAACAUGAGCGAUCUUACAGCCUACCUGAACUCUGCCACUCAGAAGGAGAAUGAGGAGUUGCGGCAGCAUCUCUCUGAGCUCCGCAAUCGCAUCGUCGAGUCAUCCUGCGACCAGGCUUCCGGCGAGGCCGAGCUUGUUGCAGUGCAGCAACUGGCCACCGAGCUCAACCGGUUGAAUCGUGAGAACAACAGCCUGCGUUCAGACUUGCGUAGUCGGACGCUGGCACUGCUGAGCCGUGACCCGACCAUGGAUAUCACUGCUGUGCUCCAGGAACAUGAGCGUGAUGUGCCACACUCCGGCGAAAGCGGCUCGGAGCUCGACGUACCCAUGCAGGGUUUGUCGCGGCGUUCUGUCGAGCAGAUCGAGCUGGAGGUUGAGCUCUACCGUCAGCAGAUCGCUGCGCUGAAGGAGACCAAUGCUGUUCUUCAGGACGAACUGGACAAGACAUUCGAUGCCUUGAACCAGGCACAGGCACAAAACAAGCAGCUCGAAGCCGACCUCACUCGACUGGAGAGACAAAGUGUGUCGUCAACUGAGCCUCCCCGGUCCGUCGGAGCGACCAUCGACGUUCGUCUGCAGCAGGAGGUCACUCGCCUCACGUCGGAGAAUCUGGAUCUUCAAGAGGAGGUUGAAAGACUCCAGUCUCGCCUCACCGGUCGCAAUGACAGUACUGGAAGCGAUGUAGAAAGUCUGACGGCAAUGGCCGAGAAUCGAAAUCACGCUAUUGCAGCCAGUGCGAGAUCAUCUAACAGCAUGGUCAGCAUAGUGACACGGGCACCCAAGUUCCAGGGUCUGCUCAAGUAUGAGCCGUCGGAUGAGCCUCGCCUCAUCAAGCGCCUCAUUCUUGAGAUGAAGCCCGGCCAGAUGGUGGACAAGCUGCCCUGUUUGCCGGCCACCAUUCUGUUCAUGUGCCUGCGCUACCUGGACGAUAUCAACGACGAGCGGCGUGUGCAGAGCCUGCUGACCACCUCCAUCAGCGGCAUCCGCAAGGUGGUCAAGAACCAGCCCAAGGAUGUCUCUCUCAAGGUGUUCUGGUUGAGCAACACAUCGUCACUGCUGACCUACAUGAAGCAGUAUUCGGGAGAAAGGACUUUCCUGUCAGAGGAUCACCUGCUGGCUAGCCUGUGUCUGAACAACUUUGACCUGACCGACUACCGCAUGGUGCUGAAUGACCUGUGCAUUUUCCUCUACCAAGACAUUGUCUCGUUGGUGCAGCAGAAGAUUCAGCCUAUGAUCGUGGCUGGUAUGCUGGAGCACGGUAUACCUGGCAUGUGGCCAUCCAAGCCCAUGGGACUGCGUCGUGGCAAGGAGCAGGGACCAGCCUACACUCCUGCCGAUAUUGUUGCGGAGUUCAACACUCUGCUCCAUUACAUGGUGGACCACUGUCUGGACAAGGAUCUCAUUGACCAGGUCUAUGUACAGAUAUUCUCAAUGAUCAACGCAUACAUGUUGAACAACAUGCUGCUGCGCAAGGACCUUUGCCACUUGUCACGCGGACCACAGAUCCGCUACAAUCUUUCUCAGCUUGAGGAAUGGUCGUACGAGCGUCUGACGGUACCAACCAGUGCCAUCAAGCAGUUGCACCCAAUCACACAGGCAGCACAGCUGCUGCAGAUCAACAAGCAGUCGCCGUCUGACGUCGACGCCAUUAUCGAGCUCUGCCAUUCGCUCAACCCUGUACAGAUCCAGAAACUGCUGACCAUGUACACGCCGACCAACGAGUUUGAGAAGCGAGUGCCGGCCACUGUCAUCAAGGCUGUCAAUGCUCACUUCAAGGGCCGUUCCGACCCGUCCAAGCUCAUGCUGGACAUCAGUGAGCUGCUGCCCGUCAGCUUCAGCUACAAGCCGAUCGACCGUGACCUGCGUGACAUUGGUGUUCCCGAUGAUCUCGGCCUAAAGUUUGUCCACAGGUUAUAGGUCCUGGUGAGCCAAGCCCAACGUGGUGUUUCCCCCUGUUUAGUAUAGCUGCCUUGCAACUUACCAGUUCGCCCCGUUCUUUGUCCUUGUCCCCUUAUUUGCACUAUUAGCCAACAUUUCUCUUGUGUUUCUCGAUGUCUAGGUCUGAGUUGUCAUUUCCUCUGGUGGUUUUAUACAGAGCCCUAUACAUAACAUUGCUAACCACCCAGCUGGCUUGAACCCCUUUCCCCGCUGUGUUGAAUUUUAUUGGGUUUGUUUCUGAGCGAAAAACGGAUUUCCAACGCUGCAUUCCUCCCUCCCCUCCCUGCUCUAGCUUAGUUUCAUAUUUUCAUUACCCCGUAGUGCUCGGAGAGAAUGCAGGCGUCAUUCCCGUCCGUCUGUCAUGUUGUGCAACUACCCGAUGCUGCAGUGCACCACCGCCCACGCAGGCUUGAGUGAUAUCCACCCCGUCUAGCUCUCUCAACAGGCGUACGUCCUGACGAAUUUAAAGUAUUUACCGGUCUCCUCUUCUUUCUUCCUUUUUGCUAUUUAUUCCUCUACCCUGUGACUUGUCGUCGCUCAUCGCUGUUGCUCUUUUUUGACAGUUGGUACCGUGUCCAUUAUUAUUAUUAUUAUUUAACAACAAAUGCUGUUGAGCUUGCAGCACAUUAUAUUCUGACAUCGCCGUCAUACUGGUUGAUUAUUCGCUUCCGAGACUCUCUUGUAUAUUUUUCCUAUGACCAGAUAUAUACAUGUACAUGUCCAGCGCCAUGGUUGAUGAGAUCUGAUUGAUGCCCAGAAAAACGAUUCAUUGAAUA